AUGUUUAGAAUUACAAGAACACCAAUCAUUACUCAUUCGAUUAUUGUAAUAUCAGCGAUAACAGCAGUUUUUUCGCAGUUUAAUUAUGAGGCAGGCAAACCAUGCAUGGCAGCAUACGAAUGUUGGAGAACUGAACCUAUUGAUGUGGAUGGAAAACCAGUGUCAUUACGAGGUCGUUACACAAAAAGAUUAGAAAUCGGAGGACCUUUAUUUCUCGGUGGUGAAUUCAUUUUUGAUCCAUAA